AGUUUCACUUGUGCUAACAAUAAUGGCUUUCCAGUGUCAGAGGGAUAGUUAUAUGAAAGAAUUUGUCACGUCGGUGGUGUCCUGCUUACCUGCCGAAAUUAAACUGGAGAGCAACGGGAAGAGAGAAAAGGUGACGGGUUUCAACGUGGUACUAAAAGAUACGAUCCUAUUCCCCGAAGGAGGAGGUCAGCCUGAUGACCAUGGCACAAUUGAAAGUUGGCCGGUUCUGCAAGUCACAAGACAGGGGCCAGAGGCACUACACUUCAUCACCUCUGCAUUAACGCAAGGGCAGGAGGUCCUAUUGAAGGUGGACUGGGAGCGCAGGUUUGACCACAUGCAGCAGCAUUCAGGGCAACAUCUGAUCACUGCCUUGGCAGACUCAAUGUUUGAGUACAAAACUACCUCAUGGGAGUUGGGCAGACACCGCAGCAGUAUUGAACUGGACACAGCCACUGUAAAACCAGGAGAGAUGGAAGCCUUGGAGUCAGUAGUCAAUGAGAAGAUUCGUGCUCACAUCCCAGUUUCUGUGCAGUUUCUGUCUAUAGACGAUCCUGCAGUGGAAAAGGUAAGAAGCAGGGGUCUCCCAGAUGACCACGCAGGGCCCAUCAGGAUUAUUGAUAUUGAGGGCGUAGAUGCCAACAUGUGUUGCGGAACCCAUGUGUCCAAUCUGAGUCAUCUGCAGGUGAUUAAGAUUCUGGGGACAGAGAAGGGGAAGAAGAAUAAGACCAACUUAAUUUUCCUAGCUGGAAACAGAGUAUUGAAGUAUGCUGAGAAGAGCUACAUCACUGAGAAGUCCUUGACAGCCCUCUUGAAAACCAUGCCAGAGGAGCAUGUUGAUGCAGUGGACAAAAUCCAAAAAACAAUGAAGCGUCUUCAGAAGAGUAACCUCACUAUCCUACGCAACAUGGCCGUAUUGAUAGCUCAGAACUUCAAGAGCCAACCGGACAGAGGCAGUUUCUUCAGCUUGCACAAUAAAGAUGGUGACAAUGAGUUCAUGAAUAUCAUUGCCAAUGAAAUUGGCUUUCAGGACACAGUCAUUUUCCUGACCGUAGGAGAAGAGAAGGGAGCAGGGCUCUUCCUGAUUGCGGGGCCUGAGGAUAUCAUAGCCGCGUUGGGGCCACAGGUGUCCGAGCUGCUGCAGGGAAAAGGCUCUGGAAAGGGCGGCCGUUUCCAAGGUAAAGCCAACAGCUUGGCCAAGCGGGCAGAGGCCGAAGCCCUUGUGCAGGAGUGUAGCCGCAGACAUAGUGCAGGAGAAGAGUGAAAGGGCGGGGUCUGCAAAUGGCACCACUCACACUUCCCCACUCAGUUAAAGCAAACUGACUCGUCCAGGUGCACUGGUCAGAGAGCAUAUGAAGGUGUAGGCCCCAGCAAACACUUUAGCUGGUUGCUUCGGUUAUGAAUUUCAUUGGUCAGAAAAACAAACGAUAAUAAAAAUUUGAUCCGA